AUGACUAUGCGUGUCGUUGCAGACGCUUUUUAUAUAAUUUACCAACGAACAGGAGAAAAUCCAGUUCAAAUACUUAUCGAUGCAGUUAUCAAUAGUGGAGCACGUCAAAAUUUAAUACGUAUGGAUCGUUUUGGUCUUAACAGAGGAGAGACUAUAGAUACAUCACCUUUACAAAGAAUCAAUCAACCAGUCUCUUCGCUUUGCACAGGUGCUCGAAAUUCAUCAUUCAAAUCAAUAAAAACAAUUAGUGAAUGUCUUGCUGAUGAACUUAUUAACGCUUCUAAACAAUCAUAUCUUUCAUUUGCUGUGAGACGAAAGGAUCAACUCGAAGGUGUGCAAAGACAGUAUGAUUAA